GGCAGGCUGUUGGACCAACGGACAGACGCCAUGAGGGCUCUGCUGCUCCUGGGGUCCCUGCUGGUGAGCCUGGGGUCGGCACUUCCGACUCCAACUCGGAAAGCCCCCAAGGCACAUGAGCGCAUAGCAGAUGAACACACAGUGGUUCUCACUGUCACUGGGGAGCUCUGCCACUUCCCUUUCCAGUACAACCGGCAGCUGCACCACAAAUGCAUCCACAGGCGCUGGCCCGGCUCCCGGCCCUGGUGUGCUACUACCCCCAACUUCGAGCAGGACCAACGAUGGGCAUACUGCUUGGAGCCCAAGAAAGUGCAAGAUCACUGCAGCAAACACAACCCCUGCCAGAGGGGAGGGACCUGUGUGAACAUGCCAAGAGGCCCACACUGCAUCUGUCCAGAACAAUUCACCGGGAAGCACUGCCAGAGAGAGAAGUGUUUUGAGCCUCAGCUUCUCCAGUUCUUCCAUGAGAAUGAAACAUGGCAUAGUCUUGAGCCGACAGGUGUGACCAAGUGCCAAUGCCAGGGUCCCCGAGCCCACUGCAAGCCCCUGGCCAGCCAGGUCUGCCGCACCAACACAUGCCUCAAUGGGGGCCGCUGCCUAGAGGCGGAGGGCCACCGUUUGUGCGGUUGCCCGGAGGGCUACGCAGGACGGAACUGCGACGUGGACACUAAGGCGAGCUGCUACGACGGCCGCGGGCUCAGCUAUCGCGGCAAAGCUGAGACCACGCUCUCCGGCGCUCGGUGUCAGCCUUGGACCUCGGAGGCCACCUACCGGAACCUGACUGCAGAGCAAGCACUGAACUGGGGACUGGGCGACCAUGCCUUCUGCCGGAACCCGGACAAUGACACCCGCCCGUGGUGCUUUGUGUGGAGCGACGACCGGCUGAGCUGGGAAUACUGCCUCCUUGCACAGUGUCAAGCCCCAAUCCGGGGGACUCUCCAGGCCCCACCUGUGUACCAGGACUCCCCUUUGCUGCCUCUAGGCAGCGCAGAUCCCAAGAUCGACUCUCCAGACCUCAUCUCAAUCCUGCAUGAUAGCCCUGGCUCCUCCACAGCCUCGAGAACAAAGCAGAUGCAGCUGACUCCCUUGCCCGGACCAAGUGCGGCGGGCUGUGGUCAGCGGCUCCGGAAAGGCUCGUUGAGCCGCGUCGUCGGGGGACUGGUGGCCCUGCCCGGCGCGCACCCCUACAUCGCCGCGCUGUACUGGGGCCAUCAUUUCUGCGCUGGCAGCCUCAUUGCCUCCUGCUGGGUGCUGACCGCGGCUCACUGCCUGCAGAACCGGCCGGCGCCGGAGGAGCUGACGGUGGUGCUGGGCCAGGUCCGCUACAACCAGAGCUGUGAGCAGUGUCAGACGCUGGCGGUGCGCGCCUACCGCCUGCACGAGGCCUUCUCGCCCAUCACCUACCAGCACGACCUGGCGCUGCUGCACCUGCAGGAAAACGCGGAUGGCAGCUGCGCGCGCCUGUCGCCUUCCGUUCAGCCAGUGUGCCUGCCGAGCAGUGCUGCCGACCCCGCCCAACCCGAGGCCGCGCCCUGCGAGAUCGCCGGCUGGGGGCACCAGUUCGAGGGGGCGGAGGAAUAUUCUAGCUUCCUGCAAGAAGCGCAGGUUCCGCUCAUCCCUCAGGAGCGCUGCUCCGCCCCCGACGUGCACGACACCGCCUUCCUCCCUGGCAUGCUCUGCGCUGGUUUCCUGGAGGGCGGCACCGAUGCUUGCCAGGGUGACUCCGGGGGACCGCUGGUGUGUGAGGAUAAGUCCGUAGAGCGCCAGCUCAUCCUGAGAGGCACGAUCAGCUGGGGCUCGGGUUGUGGCGACCGCAACAAGCCAGGUGUAUACACCGAUGUGGCCUACUACCUGACCUGGAUCCGGGAGCACAUCAAUUCCUGACCUCCCAGGAACUGGUCUUUCCCUCCUGGGCGAUUCUGGAUGUGAGAAUGGCUGGGGCACGAUCCUGGACCGCAAGAAUUGUGUUUCAGCACCACCAGCCCGUGUCAGGCAUGGCAUGGGCACUCAAUAAAGUGCUUUUGGAAAUGCUUGA